CAGUGCGGAGCGUACAUUCACCGGGAGUGGUACUCACGUAGAACAGACCACAGCGACCGUCUGACAGCCUGAAAAAAUUACGUGAAUAUUACAACACACACGAAUUGAUUGUUACCGCGUUACGUUGCGGCAAAAGUUCCCAUCGGCGACCCUAACGAACAAACUCUUGCAUAUCGCCCCCGGCGUAUUGUUUAUGAUUCUUGUUUUAGCCAAGUGAUUUUAUUUUAAAUACAAUUUCAACUACUAGUGGUUUCAACUGUGUUUUGUGUUCAUUUUUAUUUUGAUUUGAUUGGAUUUCACUCGAGCUGCUGAUGUGACGGUUGCAUGCGACUCGUAACGAGUGUGCCAAAGCCAGUGCCAAAAUGGAUUUGAACGUAUACCGACAGACUUUGACGAAUUUAUAAAACGAUUUUUUUUUUGUGAAUCCCCGAAUGUGACCAAUGGUAAAGUGAAUUAAGUGACAGCAAAAUGGGAAGGCGACGCUGGAGAAUAGCUGCUACUUUGACUGCAUUCCUGCUCUUUGUAAUUCAGUACGGGGAUUGUCAAGAUGAAGAAGACUUCUACUACACACCCGAAAGAAACUUUGCUCAAGUACAACCACCUAUAUAUACAAAUAAUCGACCAUCAACAUUUUUUGAACAUGAAAGUUUUAGGGUAGCGCCUUCAGCACAACAACCGAAUUACAAUAAUAAUGAAGGACGUAUUAGAUUUCCGAACCCAAACUAUAACCAAAAUCCAUCACCAUUUCAAUUACCUACAGGCCGAAGUCAAUCUGGUACACAAUAUUAUGUCAACCAACCUGAAGUACAGCCUGCUCAACGACAAAGAUUCAAGCCUGCUCUGCCGUACAAUUUUCAACUAGUACACCCACACCCAGCUUCUACAAAAAGGCCUGAUGUUUCACAAAUACAUUCUGUCGCCUAUCAGAACAAUCCUUCAAAGCCAGAAACAUUUUUAGGGCAAAUAACGUUAAACAAUCCUGACAUAGACUACUUAAAAAACAGUCGUUUUAAAAAUACGCCGUUUGAUGGAAAUAGUCUUAAAAGUAACGGUCAAAGUGGACAUAUUUUACAUGAUGAUGAAAUUGAUAAUGAUGAUAGAGACCUAUUUGACUAUCACAAGGUAACAACAUAUAAUCCCACUAAGCUAGCAAAUCGGCAAAAUAUGAAUUUUAAGCCGAUGGUUCCUCGAUUCUCUCUCUAUAAUAAUUCUGUCGGAGAUGGGAAAAUAAAUAACCCCAGUAUCAUUCCGGCUAAUGAAUAUUUAGUUAAAAAUGUUAAUGUCAAUCAAGUUAAACCAACUGGUAAUGUUUAUCAAAGUUCGUCAACCGAAUAUAAAUCAUUGUUAGAUAUUGAACCUCUUUUGGAAGAUGAUAUAAGUGAUUUAAUUUCAUUUAGAGAAUUAAUGAAAAACAACCAAGAUUCAUUAGAUGUUGAAGUAAUAAAAGCAAAUAAUACCAAAGAUAUCAGUGAUAGCAAACCAGAUGCAAGCUCCAUGAAUACCGAUAAUGCUGUAAAAGAAGAUUCAACUGUUGAGAAAUUAAAGAAUUCGCCAAUUUCGACUACAACUGAUAAAUUAGAAUCGUCGGAAAAAAAUACAGAAGAAUCUGAGAUGCUAGAUAAUGAAGGUGAAUAUGUCGAAUAUUAUGAUGAUGAUGAAAAUGCUGAACCAAAACACACAACUGAAAAUUCAAUGCAUAAUACAUCUUCAGAAUUAGUUACUGAUAUAUAUGAUGAGUAUGAUUCAACAGAAGAGACUGAAACAUCUACUGAAGAGUCUCCUCAAAAUAUAACGAAAUCUUUCGAUGUAUUGGAAAUUAAUGCUAAUAAAUCAAUGAUGGAGGAUGAUAAUUUCAGACAUUUUAAGGACACCCCAGUAAUAGAUCAAAAUGACCCAGAGACAACUGCUCCAAGUUUAAAACUAACUUUUUCUAAUGAAGACUUAUCCUCUGUUGAAUCCCCUUCAAUUAUAAGCCAAGAAGUAGUUUCAGUUGUUACAACAAAAAGUGUGGUAAAUGGUACCAUCUCAAUACCAGAUAUCGUUUAUCCUUCGAGCUCACCCCAAUCUGUGCAUGAAUCGUAUAAUACUUCUGAUGACAGUAACAACGACACGGCUGUCACAACAGAAAGUUGGAUUGUUGUAGCUUCUGUCCAAACAAGUCGCAGUGUCUCAGGUGCAAGAUUUUUACCAUUCCCAGCUGUUGAACCAGUUGAUGAAAAGAAGCAAACUAUUACCGAAGAGGAUGAAGGAAGUGAAGAGGUUGUAACUGAUAACCCAAAGUUAGAUAUUGCAAAUAGUUCUUCUACUGAAAAUAUUAAUGAUAAAUUAGAUAGCAUACAGUCUGAGCUAUCUAGUGCGGUUUUAAAUGGAGAACUCAAUAAUGAAAAUAAAAACAUAGAACUGAUUACAGAAUCAUCAUCUGAGCAUAGCACAACUUCUACCACACCAUCUCCAGUUAAUGUAUUUACAUUAAAGAGCACUCAAAUAUCAACUAAUACCGAAAAAUCUUCACCGGAACCUUUACCCGUAUUUAUUAAAAAAUUUACUCCUCGUGUUACAACAUCAACAACACCAAAACCGAGAAAAAAACCUUCUUUUGUUACCGUUAUGGAUGAUUUAUCUGGUUUGUUACCUCCAGGAUUUAAGUCCAAACUAUCUUUUAAGGAUAAACGUACAAGUACAACAUCAACAACAACAAGAACUACUACUACUACUACAAGCGCGCCUCCAAUACCUUCUGUAGAGAAAAAUAUUAUUAACGCCACACAAGGCCGCUCAUCUGGUAUCAGCUCGAAGAAUAAAGUUAUAAUUUUAGAUGAUAAAUCUUUAUUGCCAAAAGAAUAUAGACCAAAAGAAAAAAUACCAGAAGAUUUAUUUAAAAAAAUUCAAAAAGAUGACAUUAACAAAUUUCUGCCACCUGGCUAUACUCCACCAAAUGGAGAAACUCCAGAUGAACCCACAAUUUUAAAUUCUAAGCAAGACAACAAAGUCACUACGGAGAGAGUGUCCACAUCAACUACUACAAAAGAAAAAAUAAAACCAAGUCUAAAACUACCUUUAGAUACAGUUCCUGUGGACAUAUCGUCGUUCUUACCACCUGGUUUUUCGUUAAAUAGUAGUCAGACUGAAGAACCUAUCACGAUUACCAAAUUGAAAAUUACUGAUAUUAAGAAUUUACUUCCUCCAGAAUUUAACUUGAAUGAGUCUCAAGAAACUACAACACAAAGUCCAAGUACACAACCUUCUGGGAACUUUAAGCUUGUAUUCCCAUCAAGACCUGGCAAAGGCACUCGAAAACCUAUUCCUCAAAAAUCUAGUAUGGGUCCAGUUCCAGUGACACCGAAAAUACAAAAAGGCUGGCCCACAAGGUCUGCAACAGAGUUCACAGGUUGGCCUUCCCCAUCAACCACGCCAUUUUCGAUAGAACGCUUACUAGAAUUACAAAGAAACUCUACAUCUACAACACCUUUACCUGAAAUCGUAACCGAAGCGACCACACGUCGUAUUGCAACAUCCACAACAACUCAAGCCCCUCCACCACCAACCACUCCUGGUGUUUGUCGCCAAGAGUGUGAUAUUGCUGCAACCAUAAAAAUCGUAGCUGGAGUCAAUUGGGUUCCAGAGUUCUUGGAUCAACACACAAAGGAGUGGAAAGAUUUAGCACAAGAUGUUAAAAAUGAGCUCAAUUCUGUCUAUUCAAAGUCUGACCUGCUAAGUAAAUGGUACAAAGGUAUUCGUAUAGAUGGAUUUAGUCAAGGCUCAGUACUCGUCGAUUACUUCAUCGAGCUAAAUAACGUUGAAGAGAAAGUUGACACAGUGCAACUUAAAAAACUCUUUCACAAGUCCCUUCAUGAAGCGAAGCCAGGUUCCGUUACAGAAGAAGAAGAAUUAAAGCAAAGUUUGGAUCUUGAUGCUAUGCAAGGGGAUCAACCUGAUGAAGAAAGGUUAGGAAAGAGUGAUGAAAAAAUGACUAAAAUUAUUGAUAAAUCAGCGGGGAAAUUGGAAAUCGGAAAAUUUGUCAUGGAUCCUGCAUUUACUGAAUUUAUAGUUUUACCAAAAAGAGAAGAAUCUACUAUUAUUGAACAAGAUGAGGAUUCGCUACUACCACAGUGGGGUAUUGCAGUUAUCGUUAUAGCUAUGGCUUCAUUACUCUUUGUUGUGAUCUUCGGCGUAACUGUGCUUGUAAAUCGCCAAAAGAGUACGAAAACGAAACAACCCAUACCUCUGAGUGAAGACAUGUUGAGGGAGUUAGAUAAGAGUCACAUGGGAGGAUUUGAUGACAUACACCAAUUGAAAGAAAGAGAUCUCCCAUAUUUACCAUCGGGGAAGCGCAUGUCCUCAGCGUUCAUAGAACAGCUGGCGUACCCAAAUCCAGGUGACUCCUGGCGGUCAGAGUGGACGCCUCAACUCCAGAAGUACAUGCAACACUACACCCCGGAUUCGGGCAGAGGUUCCCAAAUAUACGGAGCAACUGGAAAUGGCUAUGGAUAUGGAGGAUCCCAGCUCUAUGGUCAAACUGGUGGGGGGUCUCAAGGAUAUGGGUACACAGGAGAAUACCCUCGUUCAGGCUACUCCAGACGACGCUCUGAAUACGACAGCAAUUUCUAGAAUACCUCAUGUAAAAUGAUAAAUCCCUUGACAAUAUCUUCUAAAACCUCAACUUAGAAUACAUUCUGUUUAAAAUUGAAUAAUUGUUUUAUAUUUCAUCUAUGUACUGAUAAAGAAAAGCGGUACUCAUAAUCCCUUUAUAGUUAUUGUAAUUGGUAUAACAGCUUAAUUACGUCUGUAAACCAAAAUAAUUAUCUAUGCUCUAUAUAAAAUAUUUGUAGGUAAAUCUUUUACUGUUUACCAAGUUAGUACUUUAGUAAGUGGUUGUGAUACCUAUAGAUGCUUCUUACUUCAGUUUUUGGACAUUAAAUUAACGCUAAAACGUUAAAAAUAAUAAUUAAUCCACAAAUAAAAUUUGAGAAACAAAAUUUUAUGAACGAUGCGGGACUUGAACCCACGAUCUCCGGCGUUCCGUGCUGUCCUGUAGAUGAUGCCACAACCUGAGAGUUGAACAAAGCAAACAAGAUUUUAUAAUGAGGCGUUACUCGAACGGUUAGCUCAGUUGGUUAGAGCACCGGCACGGAACGCCUGAGGUCGUGGGUCCAAGUCCCGCAUCGUUCAUAAAAUUUUGUUUCUGAAAUUUUAUUUGUGUGUUAAUCCUAGAAGUGAGGGGUAUCACUUUAAAAACAUAACAUAUUGCUAUUAAUCAAUCCAUUAUUUGGGUUGAUAAAAUUAAUUACGAACUACAUUUCUUAUUAUUAGAUAAAGGAAUUGUAAUUGAAUUAGAAUUGUAAUAGAAUAUUCAAAUAACAUUAAUUGUAAUAGUUUAAAAAGAAGGCGAAAUUUGUAAUUUUUAUUUAAUUGUAUUUUAAAAUAUAAUUCGCAGGCCUAUAUAAAUAAUUGUGCCAAUAUAAACCCUCUGUAUUUUCUCUGUAAUUGUAACCAUUAGAUAAGUGUUCAACAAACUAUAUUGAAUUAAUACAAUCUGCCAAAUUGAAUAUUUGUGACUGAAUUUGAGAAUACAAUAGCCAAAUUGAAUAUUUGUGACUGAAUUUGAGAAUACAAUAGCCAAAUUGAAUAUUUGUGACUGAAUUUGAGAUGUAAAUAAAUAGUUUAAGAACUCACCAGUAAAAUAAGUGAAAUUCGGAGUAAACAUUAAUGUAUUUGUGUAGAUAAAUUUGCAUACCUAUAUUUGCUCAGAAUCGUUAGCAAUUGAGAGCGUAAAACGCAUUUUUGUGCCAAAUAUCCGAUAAUCUGUAAAUAUAGUGUGACUAUCGGAUCGUGGCGUUUGUGCGUGGCUUACUGCCAAUAAUAUGCCACCACAAACGUUUUCAUUAACGUUAAUUACAUUACAAACACAAUCAAUGUUUGAGCAUGUUUAUAUUGAAUUUGGCUCUCACUGAAUUCUAAUGUUUUCCCAAACUAUUUGAAUUACUGUCAAUUUGUACGAGUAACUAGUUUUAGAUCGUAACGUAAUAGUUAUAAUAAUAGAUUAUUAAAUUAUUUGAUUAUAAUGAAACAUAAUUUUUGUGUUUAGUAAUUUACUGAUGUUGUAAUUUUAUUAAAUAUUAAACAUUUUACUUAUAAUUAGUGUAACCUAAGAUAACUGCAUGAACAUUUGUGUAUAUAGAAUUUUUGUACAUGUAGAAUUUUAACUUAACAAUAAUUAAUAGAACAUAGAAACAAAUACGUAUAGAUUAAGGAGAUCAAUAUAGAUAUAUGUACUGAAAAA